CUUGAUCUUGUCCGAUGGCUGGCAAUGUGCGGCCUGGCUUUCUGGUUGCGCUUCAGCCGCGAAGUAGACUGGGGCGGAGAUGCGGCAGAGGUCUUCCCGGAGGCCUUGGCAGAGGAGGAGUGCUUUGAAGCAGCGGCUGCAGCCCUCCCACGGAGGGGACCUGAUGCUCAAGGCAAGGAAUUGGUGGAUUUGCCAGAUGUUCAGCUGGAGUUGCAAGCCUGUGUCUUGCACCUCAGAGGUGAUGUUGUGACAUCGCAGCCAUGUCCUGUGAAUGAGGGUGGCCGUUUACUCUUCAACGGAGAGAUCUACGAGACCUCCAAAGCGACCCAAGGUCCGCUCUUGAGCAGCAGCGACACCUGUUGGCUUGCAGAGCAGCUGGCACUAUGCGAUGCCAAGAGUGGGGCCGGUUCCUUUGAACCUGUGGCUGUGGCCCUUCGGAGCAUGCUGGAGACUGUGCAUGGACCAUUUGCCUUGGCGUUCUGGAGCCCAAAGUGUCAAGCGCUCUUUGUUGCACGGGACCGUUUGGGCCGUCGUUCUCUGCUUGCAGCAAGAACUGCCUCUGGUGCCGGAGUCGCUUCUGUUGGUUCUGGAGCAUGGCAGGAGCUGCCAGUCGAUGGCCUGUUUGUUUUCGACUUGGUGGGGCAUGCAGUGCGACGCUUUCCCUGGCAAGAGCAAGCACCAUUUGCACAGCCUUGGUGGUGGGCACAGGACACUCAGAGCAGCAACGCAAGCAAAGAAUUGCCGCUGGUCUUUGGGCAGUUGCUCACAGAAGCAGUAGCACGACGAGUGCAGCAUGUUGCAGGUGGUGCAACCGGAGCGGCAGCGACGGUUGGUUUGCUCUUCUCUGGCGGCCUCGACUCAACGGUCCUGGCAGCUUUGGCAGCAGAGGCCUUACCCAACGAGACCAUCGAGUUGAUCAACGUGGCCUUCGAUAGUCGAGCGCCUGACAGGCUCACCGCACUCUGCAGUUUCGAGGAUCUUCUGAGGCAGUACGGCCCAGAGCGCUUUCGUUUAGUGCUUUGUGAUGUCUCCCAACAAGAAGUUCUGGAAGAAGAGAUGUCCAUUUGCCGGCUGCUGGGUCCCAAGGCAACUCAUUUGGACUUCAACAUUGCAGCGGCCCUUUGGUUUGCUGCAAGAGGUCACGGUUUGCCUUGCUCGCCUGACUUCAUCAGAGCACCUUGGUGGACACCAUCUGCUGCAGCCCCACUCCAACUGGAGACGCAAAAGCGACUAACCAUCAGCCCAGGUCCCGCGGAGAAAGUGAGUUGUGCCAGCUGUGUGUUGCCAGCCAAGCCCGGUUGCCCUCAUUUAUCGUGCAAGCUUUGCUGCCGCAAGUUGCGGAAGGCUGCUGGCGAGCCAAGUGAAUGGUGUCCUGUCCACAAGGUCAAGGUAGUUCCAGGCACCGAACAAACUCCAGAGCAUGAGCAGGAGGAAUGCGGAAUGGAUCUCAGUGCUGAACGUUGCGCUGGUCACGAGGCUGCUGCGAUGCGUGCAACUUGCAGGGUCUUAUUGAUUGGCACAGGUGCUGACGAGCUCCUGGGCGGAUACAGCCGCCACCGCACGGCUCGCGCAAAACGGGGUGUGGAGGGCACGCGCAGUGAGAUGCUGAAGGAUCUUCAGCGCCUUUGGACACGAAAUUUGGGCAGAGAUGACCGCAUCAUUGCAGACCACGGCCGGGAAGCAAGGCAUCCCUUUCUGGACGACCAUCUGCUGGAGUUUGUGGGUCGGCUGUCCAUCGAGCUGCUGGCCUAUGGCCCUGGAGGCGAAGAAGCUGAAGAACUUGCUCCCGACAAAUGGCUGCUGCGGGCACUGGCAGAUCAGCGCGGUCUGCAUGCUUGCGCGCAAUUCAAGAAACGCGCCAUCCAAUUUGGCACUCGCAUUGCGAAGCAGUCCAACGUGCAGCAUGCUGGUAGCAAUCGGCAGGUGCGAGGAGACAUGGCCUACAGCGCGCUGUCGGAGAAAAGCACAGAACAGGCCUCCACAAUGGGGAGUGGAGAGAGGGCCAGGGUGGCCAGCAGGUGGUUACCCGUGCGGAACCUCAGAAUCGAUGCAUCCAACAUGGCAGAGCAUCGCAGAUGUCGCCACCAGGCCACCACCCACACAGCCACCUCCACGGAGAGGCCGGUGUCCUCGCUACAAAUCAAUCAGUCGCGCCACGAGGCCAUCGUCACUUUUACCCGCAUGGAGGACGCGGAGGAGGCUCUGCGAUUCCCAGUGCUAAACGAUCCUUCAAUAGGCUUGAGACCCUGGCACGCCAAGGCUGGGCAACGAUCACCUGAUGAUGUACCGGGCGAGUCCAUUGGGUCCAUCGCUAAUGCACCUGUUGCACCUAGUAUUCCAAUCAUUGCAAGCGGCAACAUGACACUAGAGUCAGGCAGAGUGCUGGAAGCCAAGAGAAAGCGUGAAGAGCUACAGGAUCGGCGAAAGGUGCUGCUCUCAAGCCUCACAGACCAGCUGAAGCAGGUGUUGGCGAGGAUCAAUGAUCCAACAACUUCUGAUCGAAAUCGGGAGCAGCUCCAGGCCAUUUUGGCGAACAUCAAGGACAAAAUCAACACCCUAACUCCAGCUCCAAAGGAGGAUCCAGCCAAGCGACGGCCAAUGCCAAUGCGCGCGUUGCCGUACCAGACCACGCUGGACAAUCGCCCUAGACCAGCAGUGCUGCAUCUUUCAAAGCUCCCUGAAGAGAUGCGGGGACCUGAUGGCGAGGUGCAGCUUCGCGACGCCUUGGGUGACAGCGUCGAAUGGAUUCGUGAUUGGUCUGAAGACGGAAGUGCGUGCGUCGUGCGUUUUCGAGACCGCCGACAGGCUGAGGCUGCUGUACAGGAUCAAAAAGUUUGGGGGUUCACGGCAAAGAUCCAAGAGGAGGCUCCCCCACACUUUCGGCGCAAGCCUCCAGUUAGAUUUCACCAGCAGCCUCGACAGAUGCACACUCAUAAGGUCUUUCGGCCUCCACGCAUGGUGGAACGGGCCCCCGGCAGCCCAGACACCGAGGCUUUCGACUCUGACAUCGAAGACCCGGAAGUCUUGGCAUCCAUGCGACCACCGGAACCAGAACAGGAAUUGCAAGAUGGCGCCCAGGACCUCUUGGCAGAGGCUGGAGAAGAUCAACCUGCACCAUUACAGGCUGAAGUCGAAGCUGCGGAAGCUGCGGAAGCUGCGGAAGCUGCGGACGUUGCUGAGGCGUCCAUGCCAGCAGAAGCCGCAGAAGUGCCAGCUGCAGAGGUGCCUGGAGCCUCUGGGGCCUCUGAAGCAGCUCCUGCUCAACCUGCGGAACCUGCAGAACCUUCUGAAGCCACUGGGGCACCUGCGCAGGCAUCUGUUGAGGCACCUGCCGAGGCAUCUGCUGAGGUGGAAAGCAGAGCAGCGGCAGAUCCCACAGAGUUGCCGCCACCAGAGGCCCUUGGACCACUGGCAGCAGCUGCAGAGCCAGCAGAGCCAGCCUCCCAGCUUGACGUUACUGAGCCAACUGAGCCGACACAAUCGGAGGAGAUUUGGAAGUCUGCUUAG